AUGAAGUGUGUCUUGGUGGCCACCGACAGUGCAGAGAUUCUCUUCUACUGGACAGAUGAGGAGUUUGAGGAAAAUCUCCGGCUGAAGUUCGGGCAGUCAGACAGUGGGGAAGAGCUCCCUGCCCUGGAGGACAGACUCAGCACCCUGCUGGCCCCGGUCAUCAUUUCCACUACCACCAUGCUGGAGAAGCUCACAGACACCUAUACCUGCUUCUCAACGGAAAAUGGCAACCACCUGUAUGUCCUCCACCUGUUUGGAGACUGCCUGUUCAUUGCCAUCAAUGGAGACCACACAGAGAGCGAAGCGGACUUGCGGCGGAAGCUGUGCGUGUUCAAGUACUUGCUUGAGCUGCACUUUGGGCUGGUUACUGUGGACGGCCAGCUUAUCCGAAAAGAACUGCGUCCCCCAGACCUGGAGCGGCGUCGCCAGGUGUGGAAGCGUUUCCAGAGUUUGCUGUCAACUGCCAGCCGACUUUGGGAACAGGAGCAAUGCUUUGCUGUGGAGGCUGUGGAGCGGCUGAUCCACCCCCAGCUCUGUGCGCUGUGCAUAGAGGCGCUGGAGCGGCAUGUCAUCCAGGCUGCCAACAGGAGCCCCAGGCGGGCCGGCGAGGAGGCCCUGCAUGCCUUUCUGCUAGUACACUCCAAGCUGCUGGCCUUCUACUCCAGCCACACUGCCAGCUCGCUGCGCCCCACAGACCUCCUGGCCCUCAUCCUGCUGGUCCAAGAUCUCUACCCCAGCGAGAGCACGGCCGAGGCUGAGGACGCACAGGCUUCCCCACUGAGGCUCCACCACAGCCCGAGCAUCCCCGUGGAGCAGCCAUCGAGCCCUGGAGCCCCACAUGCACUCCGGAGUUCUGCAGAGACGGAGACAGACAGCAUCUCCCUCCCCGAGGAGUACUUCACACCAGCUCCUUCUCCUGGCGAGCAGAGCUCAGGUAGCACCGUCUGGCUGGAAGAAGGUACCCCACCCACUGAUGUCGCCCUGAUCCCGGAGGCCAAGGGCACUCAGCAGACACAGAGUCCUCACUCCCCAGCAGCAUCCAGCCCUAGAAGGAUUUUCCUGGACGCUGCUGUGAAGGAGAGCUACUGCCCCUUGGUGCCCCACACCCUGUACUGCCUGCCCCUGUGGCCGAGCAUCAACAUGGUACUUCUGACUAAGAGUCCUGGUGCCCCCCUGGCCCUGGCCCUAUACCAGCUCCUAGAUGGGUUUUCUCUAUUGGAGAAGAAGCUGAAGGAGGGGCAGGAGGCUGGAGGCACCUUGCGGUCCCACCCCCUCAUGGCAGACAUACGCCAGAGGAUGGACAAGUUUGUCAAGAGUCGAGGGGGCCAGGAGAUUCAGAGCACCUGGCUGGAGUUUAAGACCAAGGCCUUCUCCAGAAGUGAGCCAGGAUCCUCCCGGGAGCUGCUCCAGGUCUGCAGGAAGGUGAAGCGGCAGCUCUGUGCCAUCUACCGCCUCAGCUUCCUGAAUGCAGCGCCAGGCCAGGGCAGCCCCCACCUGCCCCAGCACCUGCUGGACCAAGCCCAGAAGCUCAUGAGAGAGAAGCUGGCAGACUGGAAAGACUUCUUACUGGUGAAGAGCCGGCGGAACGUCACCAUGGUGUCCUACCUGGAAGACUUCCCAGGCUUGGUGCAUUUCAUCUACGUGGACCGCACAACUGGGCACAUGGUGGCCCCUUCCCUCAAUGUCAGCAAGAAGACAUCGUCAGAACUGGGCAAGGGGCCCCUGGCUGCCUUCGUCAAAACUAAGGUGUGGUCUCUGAUCCAGCUGGCACGCAGGUACCUGCAGAAAGGCUACACCACGCUGCUGUUCCGGGAGGGGGACUUCUACUGCUCCUACUUCCUGUGGUUCGAGAACCAUUUGGGCUGCAAACUGCAGAUAAUCGAGGUGCCUGUCCUUUCUGAUGACUCGGUGCCCAUCGGCAUGCUGGGUGCAGACUAUUACAGGAAACUCCUGCGCUAUUACAGUAAGAGCCACCCAGCCGAGGACGUCAGGUGCUAUGAGCUGCUGGCCAUCCACCUGUCUGUUAUCCCCACCGAUGUGGUGGUGCAGCAGGUGGGCGAGUUGGCCUGGCGCCUGUGGGAGGCCUCCCACACACCCCUAUUCUAG